AUGGUCACCAACAUCCAAUCGCAAUACCAACUCCCUCGAGAUUUCCAAGGCUUCGGCGCCGCCUCCCACGACUGCAAAUGGCCCAACGGCGCUCGCAUCGCCGUCUCCUUCGUCCUCAACUACGAAGAAGGCGGCGAGCGUAGUAUCCUCGAGGGAGACGCACACAGCGAGCCCUACCUCUGGGAAAAAGGCAGUUCGGGAGGUCACCGAGAAGGCGCACGCUACCUCAACGCCGAACAAGACUUUGAGUACGGAUCUCGCGUCGGAGUGUGGCGUUUAAUGCGUCUGUUUGCGGAAUUUGAUUGGAAAAUUACCGUGUAUGCGGUGGCGAGGGCGAUGCAGUUGAAUCCGGAGUUUGGGAAAUAUUGUGUGCAAACGGGACAUGAAAUUGCGAAUCAUGGGAUGCGAUGGUUGGAUUUUCAUGAAUUGGAUCCCGAACAGGAUAAACACUAUGUCAAGGAUUCGCAACGCUUGUUGUAUGAAGUCACGGGCGAGUUUCCUGUCGGCGUGUAUUUUGGAAGGUCUACUGCGAACACGCCGGGAAGAUUGGCGGAAGACUUCAAGGAGAUGCACAAGGAACUUGGCACGCCCAAGCUGCUGUAUAGCUCCGAGUGCUAUAAUGAUGAUGUGCCGUAUUGGGUCGAUUUACCGUAUGAGGAGGAUUUGCCAGACGAGGAAAAGGAAGGUAUGCUGCUCGUGCCUUACAACUACGAUUGCAAUGACGGCAAAUUCCACAUGGCGCCAGGCUUCACCUCCAGCGCCGGCCAACUCUACGAGCAGUACUUGAAAUCGACCUUCGACAUGCUCUAUCGCGAAGGAGGCAAAAUGAUGAAUAUUCCCUUGCACUCACGCAUCACAGGGAAAGCGGGCAGAGCAGAGGCGUUGCGAAAUUUUAUGCGCUAUAUUUCGGACAAGGAGGGCGUCUGGGUGACGACUAGGCGGUCGAUUGCGAAUCAUUAUCGGGCGACGUUUCCGUAUAAGCCGGGUUCCCGAGCAGGUGGUGGCGCGUGA